UAUAGUAAAAAUAAAUUAAGAUGGUUAGAUUACACUUUUUUUAUAAUAAAAUUUGUUAUAAUUCGACAUCUUACCCCAAAUAGCUAGUUAUAGUAGACGUGCAUGACAUCAGUUUGUUCCGAAUCGAUCUCAACCAACCUUCGCCGCAUUUCUUCGUUGAGAAGGAGGCCGAUUCUACGGAAAGAGAGAUGAGUUAUGACAACCAGCAACAUCCAGCUCCAAAUAGUUUUCAUGAAGUGCAUUUGGAUUGCGUUUGUCCUCCAGUUGGGAAUGAUGUCCAACGUCAAACUUCACCAGGAAACCUACAUCAAGGAAAACCUUCGACUGAUGUUCCUUCUUUGGAUAAAGUGCAUUUUGAUUGUGCUUUUCCUCCAGCUUGGAAAGUUGUCCAAGGUCAAACAUCACCAGGAAACCUGCAGGAAGAAAAACCUUCGACAGAUGUUCCUUCUUUGAAUAAAGUUGUACAGGUUCUGCAAGAUUCUUCGGGUCCAGUCGGGGGCUCUGUCCCAGGUUUCCCUCCUAAGAAGGAGGCCAACUGCAUUAGAAAAUGUCUAGCAGCACUUUCACCAUGUUGUGGUUGAUCUUGACAAGAACAUCCUUCGGUCAGCUAUCUAGCCAUGUGUCAUAGGAAAUAGAGGCCAAUUGCAUCUAUAUAGAAACAACAAGAGAACUUUGGUGUGAUUUGUAGCAACGUUACUUACAAACUAUUUCCCCAAGAAUAUUUCAAGUCCAAAAGGAAGUUUGUGAGUUGGUUCAAUACGAUAUCAUUGUAAGGGCCUAUUUUACUUGAUUAAAGACUCUUUAGGAUGAAUCAAUGAAUUAUAUUGCUUUACCUCGUUGUGGUUGUAGAACAAAUUGUACUUGCUUGAAAACUGUGCUUGAAUACAGACAAUGAGAGUAUGUGAUGCAUCUUUUAAUAGAACUUAAAUGAUAUUUUUACACAUGUUCGAAGCUUAGAUUCUUUUGAUAGACCCAUUUCCUAAUAUAAACAAAGUGUUGUGCUUAAUCUUGCAAGAAGAAAGACAUUUUGGUAUUCACCUUAAUGGUAGAAUUGUGAAUCUUGACUCUACUACUUCGACCUCUACAACUUAACAACAUAGUUCUCAAAAAAAUAUCUCAAGAAACAAGUUUUCUUCAAAACCAAAGCCAUAAUAUAUAGUAAUUGUGGUAUGACGGGUCAUACAAAGGAGAAAUGUUACAAGCUUCAUAGAUAUCCUUCAGGUUAUAAGCCUAUGAGACCUAGGUUUAACUCAGUCAAUGGUAAUUCUUUCGAUGCUAUUUCACAAGAGCCACAAAACUUGUGAGGCACCUAAUUACCGUUUCCUCAAGAACAGUGCCAACAACUUCUCAUCAUAAUAUGGUUCACCCUCAUUACAUAAAUCUUCUAAUAAAUCAGCUAUGAUUCACCAAGUAGGAACAACCCAGCCAAAUCCUCAAUCAUUCUUCAAUCAAUAAGGUAUAUUACACUUUUCUCAUCAUUUUUAUUGCAACUAAGUUUGAUUAUUUUACUUCAUUAAGCAAUA